AGGCGGGGAGGCGAGGCGAGGCGAGGCGAGGCGGGGCCGGGCCGGGCCAGGCCGGGCCCCGGGGCGGGCGGAGGCGCAGCGGCCGGCUGGGAGCAGCGGGGUUCGGCCGCGGUGUGGGCGCUCUGCGAGGCGACGCGGGCGAGGUCAUCAAUGAGAAGUGGAGAAAUGGCUAAACUGACCCAGUUAAUUGACAAUGAAGUCUUCCGGGCUUACGCUACUUAUGCAACUAUUGUUCUUCUAAAAAUGAUGCUAAUGAGUCUUAUAACAGCAUACUUCAGAAUGUCAAGAAAGGCAUUUGUCAACCCAGAAGAUACAGCAUCAUUUGGUAAAGGCGAGAGCGCUAAAAAAUAUCUGCGGACUGAUCCAAGUGUAGAACGUGUACGCAGAGGCCACCUCAAUGACCUUGAAAAUAUUGUCCCGUUUCUUGGCAUUGGACUGCUGUAUGCUCUUAGUGGUCCUGAGCUGUCUACAGCCUUGCUGCAUUUCAGGAUCUUCACUGGGGCUAGGAUCGCUCACACUUUUGCGUACUUGAUCCCUCUUCCCCAGCCUGCCAGAGGUUUGUCUUGGGCAGUUGCGUAUGCAGUGACCAUCUCGAUGGCGUACAAAGUGCUGAAGACGGCGUUGUACCUGUAGCAAGAGUCAUAACUUCUGCAUACCAUUUGACAUUCCACGCGAAUUUUCCAGCAGGGUAUGUUGAUGUCUUGAAUGAGCCAGCAUGAGUUUUCUGGGGUGACUGGAAUUCAUUUUUUAACAAAGGCUUUUCAUUCCUGUUCAGAAAUAUUUCCUUUUGGAGGAAAAAAAUCCUUCUCCCUGUAUUCCCUAUUCAUGGGCUGUAUUGCCAAAAUGUUAGAUUGAAUGUUCCCUUUGCGAAUUGUCAAGUGCUUAUGAUUCUAAACAUGCGAUGAUGCUGUAUUGAUAGCAAGUGUGGUAAUUUUCUACAGAUGCACUAUUUUUGGCUGUAGCUCUGAAGUCUAAAUCAAUAAAGACAAGAGGAA